GUUGCAUUGCCAUUGAAUUUGGCCACCGCUGAAGAUGUGAUGGCCUUGCUGCGGCUUCAUCUGAGAUUGCCCUUUGAUACCUGGAUAUCCGUCUUCUACAUCGGUCCACCGCGAGAAGGAGGUGCAGGUCCAAGAUCUGUAACACUCCUUCGGGGUGAACGUCCUGGUGAAGGAAACACAACAGCAAUGUUAUCGUAUUUGUCAAAGCCAAAUGCGGAGCUCAAGCUGUUUGUUAAGAAUUUGCGAAAGCGACCAAGCAAGCUGGUUCGACAGCCGCGUGCAUUCCUGGAGGAAAGAGAAGGCCUUUUUGCACAGCGAACCGGCGCUUCGUUUGGAUUGGACUGGGAGACCCAGCUAGUAGGAGAAGGAGAGAAACUGCCUCCACGUCCAAUGGCAAUGCAAGUCGGAGAGACCCUCAUUAUUGAGGUGCCACAGACUGAUGAGAACGGGGAAUACAGGUAUGCAGCGAACGCCUUCAUGGACAAGACAGACGUCCUCAGCAAGCCUGUGAAUGAAAUCAUUGAGGUCAAAAAGGGCAAGAGCAAGAAGAAGGGAGGCCCUGAACCUGAUCCCCUGCUACAGUUGACCUUUGUCGCCCUCAAGGAAGGAAAGUGUGUCCUGUUUGUGGACGUCAGCUGGGAGGAUCAAGAAGAAAAACUGUGUAUGACGCACAGGUUGGCAGCUCCAGUGGCAAAGAACACGAUUGCUAGAAUUGGGCCGGUUGAGAUUGAUGUACAAAAGUCUGCCGGAAAGCCGGAGAAGGGAACACUUCAAUGGUGGAAUGGCGAAAAGUGGAGUGCAAAGAAGGGCCCAAAGAAGAAGGGCAAGAAGUGACAAGAAAGACCGAAGAGGUUGAACAUUAAAUUG